UGAACUAUAAAGAUCGCGUCGUCGCACGCAUGUCCACGGGGCUGCCAUUCAUUUAGCAGAAGCGACUACACGUGAUGACAUUCGUUACUGCGGCAGGCAUGAGGGUGGCGCGGCGUCGCUACACAGUCACGGCGAGCGUGUUGGUGUGCAGCGCAUGCUGCCUGCUCUGGAUAUACACGUGCCUUGCGUCGGAACUGGAGAGUUUCGAGAGUCCCACCUGGAGAGCCAAUGCUGCCGAGUUACCGGUGUAUCUAGGUGUGCACAACGACUUUCCCAGGUGGAGAGAGUUGCCACCUCAACCCCGAGCGAAGUCAAUAGAAGCAGCAGUAGUUGCCCAGCAACCGCCAGCUUUCCGUCACGUGAGAGACGCCGACAUGAAGAAACUGCCAUGACUAUGAUUACAGCUGCGAAUGGGAGAGAUGUUAAACACUACAUAAUACCUCUAAAUACAAACAUGUCAGUACCACCCGACCCAGUGCUCGUGACAGCAUUCGACCACACACACUUCUGGGAAGGAGUGGCACUGUGGACCAUGUACGGUCGCCGUCUUCAGCAUCAGUACCAGCUCAUCAUCUACGAUCUAGGGCUUCACGCGUGGCAACGGCAUUUGGUAAGGCACUUUUUUAAAUUUCCAUUCAGGAUAUUUAAUUUCAAUAAGUAUCCCGCGCACGUCCGGAACCUUAAAAACUAUGCAUUCAAGGCAGCCGUGAUACAGGAAACUCUGCAGGAAUUCGGACACGUCUUCUGGGUAGACACAUCGUUUCGGUUGCAAGGCAACGGAAGUUUAGACGCUUACGUGCAGGCGAAUAAAGCGCAUGCUGGGUUGACCGUCUGGCAUAUUGACGGGUUGCGGCAGGCUUGCUUUAUCCAUCAGGGGAUGUUAGAUUUUUUCGACGAAAGAGCGAAAGACUUCGUUGAAUCGCCGGCCAACGAAGGUGGCGCCAUCUUGGUGUACAAUUACCCUGCCACGUACAGGGCGAUAAUGCUACCGUGGCUUGUCUGCAGCUUGGUGGAGAAGUGUAUUUCGCCGAAAGGAGCGAUAUUGACUCCGUGCGAUUUCAGUAACAAGUUUACGUCUAAACACUGCUGUCAUCGCUACGAUCAGAGUGCCAUGGGACUGAUACUGGAGAGAGUGUUCCAUUUCGACACAUCACUUUACAAUUCGUCCACGACGCGUAUACACACAUUCGAUCGCGUUUGAUAUAAUCAAGGGUAGAUAAUGACAAAUGAUUUGUCAUUAUCUAUCCCUGAUAUAAUGGUCUCACAACUAAAUGUAUGGUGUCCAUACAUUUUACAACCGUAUAUUGUACAGUUACUUUCUGAGUAAUAUAUAUAAAUCACUGGUAUACAGA